GUUCAUCUUGCUUUCCCAGGCGGCUCCCGAAGAUGGCGGAGGGGCAGGUCCUGGUGCUGGAUGGCCGAGGCCAUCUCCUGGGCCGUCUGGCGGCCAUCGUGGCCAAGCAGGUUCUGCUGGGCCGGAAGGUGGUGGUUGUGCGCUGCAAGGGCAUCAACAUUUCUGGCAACUUCUACAGAAACAAGUUAAAGUACCUGGCCUUCCUCCGCAAGCGGAUGAACACCAACCCGUCCCGCGGCCCCUACCACUUCCGGGCCCCCAGCCGCAUCUUCUGGUGGACCGUGCGAGGUAUGCUGCCACACAAGACCAAACGAGGCCAGGCCGCCCUGGACCGCCUCAAGGUGUUCGAUGGGAUCCCGCCACCCUAUGACAAGAAAAAGCGGAUGGUGGUUCCUGCUGCCCUCAAGGUGGUCCGCCUGAAGCCCACAAGGAAGUUUGCCUACCUGGGCCGCCUGGCUCCUGAGGUUGGCUGGAAGUAUCAGGUGGUGACAGCCACCCUGGAAGAGAAAAGGAAGGAGAAGGCCAAGAUCCACUACCGGAAGAAGAAACAGAUUAUGAGGCUACGGAAACAGGCCGAAAAGAACGUGGAGAAGAAAAUCAGCAAGUUCACAGAGGUCCUCAAGACCCACGGACUCCUGGUCUGAGCCCAAUAAAAACUGUUUAUGCCUCA